CAGUCAACCUCCAUUCCAGAAGGUGGCAGUAAGGCAUGGCUUAGCUGUCUGGUUGCUUUGACUUUGCCUCCUACGCUACGAACAAAUUCCAUUUUCUAGCGAAACACCAUGGAACUGUUAAAUAUGUUUGAACAAGAGUGCUACAUUUUGCGGAGUUAAACAUUGUUUCAAUUCUCGUCAGACAUCAUCACGAGACUAACAUAUCUCGGUGUGUAGAGCAGUGUACCUGCUUGAGGUAGGUGUUCGGACACGAUUGUUGGAAGUUAAUCGAUUUUAGCCUAUCAACCAUGAAGUGAUGGCUGAGUAACGUUAGUGUAGGCCUACCAUUAUGCAAUGUUAUUUUCUAAACUAUGACCAAAUAUUUCGGAAAAACACUCAAGGUUUGUUGCUCCGGCUGUAGCCUAGUCAUAACACUCUGAACGGGCUCCUUUCCACCACAGGGAAGAUGGAUCUCGGACAGCCAAUGUCGAGUUCUGGCUGUAGCGUGAGUGAAACACACGAGGUUGACAUCAGACUGCUGGUGAAAGAAGAAGACAUGAAAGAGGAGGAAUAUGGUCAUAUGGUUGCAUGUCCAGAAGAAGAAGAAAAGCCAUCUGUAGAGCUUCACUGUAAAACUGAAACGGACGUCACAGACUCUAACUAUGAAUCACUACAGACAACAGUGAAGAUGGAAGCGAAGAAGGAAGAGGAUGAGCACGAUUAUCUGCUGGAAAAGCAUGGAAUACUACAAACAACAGCGGAGAUUAAAGUGAAAAAAGCAGAUGGCGAUGGAGAGCAUUUGGGAACUGGAAGGAACAUGGAUCUGGCAUUGAGCUCUGGCUGUAAUGUGGCUGAAACACACCUGGCUGACAAGAGACUGCUGGUGAAAGAAGAAGAUGUAAAGGAGGAGCAACAUGAGCAUAUGAUUGCAUGUCAAGAUGAAGAAGAAAAGCCCUUUGCAGAGGAACAUGAGCAUAUGAUUGCAUGUCAAGAUGAUGAAGAAAAGCCCUUUGCAGAGCAACAUGAGCAUAUGAUUGCAUGUCAAGAUGAAGAAGAAAAGCCCUUUGCAGAGCAUCACUGUAAGACUGUGACAGACAGCACGUUAGAGUCUUCCAUUACCUACAAUGAAACACAACAGACAACAGUGGAGAUUGAAGUGCAGAUUGAAGAGGAGGAACAAGAGCAAGAUCAUCUGCUGGGAAGUGAAUCAGAACACCCACAUAUAACACAACAGAAGAUUCAUGGACAGAAUGAUGAACUCAACCUGCUUAAACAUGCUGGAGAGAAGCCUCAUAAAUGCAUACAAUGUGGAAAAGGUUUCCCAUAUAUUUCAACUCUUAAAAAACAUAUGCUGUCUCACACUGUAGAGAAGACUUAUAAAUGUGUCCAGUGUGGAAAAGGCUUCAAAUAUAAUUCAACUCUAAAAUCCCACAUGCUAAUACAUACUGGAGAGAAGCCCCAUCAAUGCCCCCAGUGUGGGAAAGCCUUCACACAAGUUUGCUAUCUUAAAAGGCAUAUGCCAGUACAUUUGAGAGAGAAGGUUAGUCAGAAGCCAAUAGAAAAGAAGCCUAUAGAGAAGCUUCAUAAGUGCCUCAAAUGUGGGAAGGCUUUUUCACAAAUGUCAGCUCUUAACAUCCAUCAGCUAACACGCCAUACAGAAAAGCCUCAUAAAUGUGUGCAGUGUGGGUUAGGUUUUUCACUCGUUUCAAAUCUUGAAACCCAUAUGCUGUUUCACACAAUUAAGUAUCAUAAAUGUGCCCAGUGUGGAAAAAAAUUCUCAAUAUUUGCAGCUCUUCAAGCCCAUAUGCUAAUUCACAGAGAGGAGAGGCGUCAUAAAUGUGACCAGUGUGGAAAACCAUUUUCACGCCCUGCAAUUCUUAAAAAACAUGUGCUAACACAUAGAGGAGAGAAGCCUCAUAAAUGUUUCCAGUGUGGAAGAGUUUUUUUGCUAAUAUCAACGUUUAAAAAACAUAUGCUAACACAUAUGGGAGAGAAACCUCCUACAUGUGACCAGUGUGGGAAAGCAUUUUCACACCCUGCAAUUCUUAAAAAACAUAUGCUAACACAUAGAGAGAAACGUCAUAAAUGUGACCAGUGUGGAAAAGCAUUUUCACGCCCUGCAAUUCUUAAAAUCCAUUUACUAACGCAUACAGGAGAGAAGCCUCAUAAAUGUUUGCAGUGUGGAAAAGCAUUUGCACGUGUUUUAACUCUUAAAAACCAUAUGCUAACACACACGGGAGAGAAACCUCAUAAAUGUGACCUUUGUGGAAAAGCAUAUGCACACGUUUCAACUCUUCAGUACCAUAUGCUACUGCACUCAAGAGAGAAGCCUCAUCAAUGCGAAUGGUGUGGAAAAGCUUUUACACUGCUUUCAGUUCUUCAAAGUCAUAUUUUAAGUCACACUGGAGAGAAGCCUAAUAAAUGUGUCCAGUGUGGAAAAUUCAUUUCAAAUUUUAAAUCCCAUAUACUAACUCACACUGGAGAGAAGGCACAUAAAUGUGACCAGUGUGGAAAAGCUUCUCCACAAACUUCAAAUAUGAUUACGUCCCAUCUGCUACAACCUAGACCACAGAAAUGCAUCAUAAUUGUGCCCAUUGUGAAAAAACAUUUGUAAAGGGCGCAGAUCUUAAAAGCCACAUGCUUACACACACUGGAGAGAAACCUCAUGAUGUGUCCAGUGUGGAAAAACCUUUUCAGAAACUGGGACUCUUAAAUAUGUACUGUGCCAGUUUCUUACCUUGUUGGUCGGUUGGACUUCCACUGUUGUGCCCUUGAACAAUGCAUUUAACCUGUUGAGGAGUGAAUUAUUUUCCUAGCUCCUUCUAGAAUUCUUGGCAAACGAGCUAUGGAAAUCCCUAUGGUUUCUUUAAGUAUUGUUACUAUAAUAAUAAUAAUAAUUGUUGUUGUUAAUAUAGUUGGUAAUGUAGUGUUAUUGUUGUUGAAUUACUGUGUAGGCCUGGAUGUGAUGUGAACCAAUUUUCUUCAUGUCUUUAUUUACACUGCAAAUGUGCUGAUCUAACCAAGUGUUAUUAAUCUUUAAGAUAAAAAAGUAGUUGGUAUUGUUUUGAAUAUAAAGAGACUUGCCUUGUGCUUUUUCAGUAAAAUAAUUUUGACUUGAUUUAGUGGGCAGCUAUUUUAAGCCGUUUUAUCAAGACAAAUUUGCAGCCAACACUGGCAGUCAAAUGUGUGUAUUUUCAGUACAAGGAUGCCUAGGUUUGCCAAUCAUUUGUGUAUUUUCAGUACAAGGAUGCCUAGGUUUGCAAUCAUUUGUGUAUUUUCAGUACAAGGAUGCCUAGGUUUGCAAUCACUUCCCAUAUUUGGAGGGCUAUUUUUUUUCUUGAAUAAUCUUCUAUAUUUUACCUAGAUGUAUGUAAAUGCUUUGAAUGAAACAUGCUUUUCCAAAUUAAAAAAUAAAUGAAUAAAAAAAAUAAUUU